CGUAUAAAGCUCGUCCUCCUAGGAGACUCGGGUGUUGGGAAGUCCUGUCUUGUGUUGCGGUAUGUCCGGGGCCAAUUUGACGCGAACAGCAAGGUCACUGUGGGCGCUGCGUUCAUGAGCCACUCAGUACAUCUGCCUGACGGCACAACAGUCAAAUUCGAGAUCUGGGACACAGCUGGACAGGAGCGGUAUGCGUCCUUGGCUCCAUUGUACUACAGAGGCGCGUCAGCAGCAGCGGUGGUCUAUGACAUAACCAGCGGGGAAUCCUUCCAGAAAGCAAAGCACUGGGUCUCAGAGCUGCAGAAAAAUGCCAGCGGAAACAUAGCAAUUAUCCUGGUGGGCAACAAGUCAGACUUGAGCGAGCAGAGAGAAGUCACGACAGAGACUGGCCAAGAGUACGCAGAAAGGAACUCCAUGCUUUUUAUCGAAACUUCAGCCAAGACUGCAGCCAACGUUGCAGCAAUCUUUGAUACUGUAGCGAUGAAGCUUGCCAGCAAUGGAGGUGCAUCGCAGCUUCCCACUGCGCCCGUGACGGCGAGCUCAUGA